AUGGUAUUUGGCUAUCUUAACAUUCAGUGUUUGCGUACUAAAUUAAAUGUCACCUCACUUUUUUGCGAAGAAAAUCAAUUAGACGUUUUCUGUGCCUGUGAACAUUGGCUAGGAAACGAUGAGAUACACGCUUUCAGUAAACUGAACUCAUUGCAACUAGUAGCAAGUUUUUGUCGUGACCUGCACAAGAAUGGUGGUGUCUCUAUAUAUGUGAAACAUGACUUGCUCACUGGGUCUAGGCCUAUUAAUCUUGUGCAGUAUUGCAGUGAACUCGACAUUGAGAUAGCUGGUAUAGAACUGAUGGACAAAUCCCUCAUCGUCCUCAGCAUAUAUCGCUCGCCUGAUGGGCAGGUUCUGAAGUUCUUCGAUCUGCUCGACCAGUGUCUAGGCUAUCUUGCUGGUUUCAAGAAAAACAUUAUUUUGGGCGGAGACUUCAACAUAACCCUCAAUGCCAACGAUGUAAUGGCCAAUGACUUCGUAGAUCUUCUACGCUCUCAUGGACUGUUCAUCACUAGUCUUCUGCCUACGCGUGGACCUCGCUGCCUUGAUACAGUGGCCACAGAUCUUAACAUAUGGGAAUAUCAGGUUUGGACAACCGAACCGUAUGUGGCGGACCAUCAAGCGGUUCUCAUGGAAGUCAACUCCAGUAUGGUGAGUCCUUCUUUAACAGUUCCUGCAUGGUUAAAUCUCUAUACUAGACAUUAUAGGUUAUUAGAUGAAGAUCUUAUUCCUAGUUUUAAACAUGCUCUUUCACAGGUCCCCUGGGAUGAUGUCUUAUUUGGCAAGCAAGCCGAAUCGGCUUUUGAGGCAUUUUUUGAUGCAUACAAUUCAGUUUUUAAUACUUUUUUCCCCUUAAAAGUCAGCAAAAAAGUAAACCCUCAAACCAAAAAAACCCCACUCCGGCCUAGGGACAAAUCUUGGUUUACUGCAGAGCUGAAGCAGAUACAAAUGUUUGUUCUAGCAUUCAGGGAUAGGUACAUGACAGCGGAGACCCCCGCCAAUAGGGAGCAUUUCUUUAAUCUUUACACCAGAGCCAAAAGGUUGUAUAGAAUUAAAAUAGACCAGGCAAAGAAAGCUUCUAAUGUGAGGCUCAUUGAAAGCUCGCUAAAUCCUUGUAAGGCGGUUUGGAACUUGGUCAACAACAACCGUAAUACCGGUCAAGGGCCGUCACCUGCCUCUAAAUGUUCUGCUAGCCCCGAUGACUUUAACACCCAUCUCAUCAGUACUGUAGCAGGCAUUGUAGGCACCGCUCCUGUAGAUAAUAAUGAAGUAGUCAAAGGCAUACAGUCUCCUGAUGCCAACCUUUCAUCCUGGCAACCUCUUACACCAGAGAGCCUUGUCACCAUGGUAGGCCAUUUUAAGACCUCUCACAGCCCCGACAUAUAUGGAAUGACUACUGUCAUCCUAAAACACACUGUUAAUAUUGUUGCCAUCCCUCUUUGCCAGGUCCUGAACUCUUGCCUGAGUGCCGGAAUAUUUCCUAGAAUUCUAAGGGUGUCUAGAACUGUCCCCAUAUACAAAAAAGGAGAUCCAGCAAGUGUACAGAGCUAUAGACCCAUAUCUAUCAUACCAACCUUCGCUAAGGUCUUUGAAACAGCCAUCAAACUCCAGCUAGUCUCUUAUCUUGAGCGCAAUAACCUGAUGUCCAAUCUUCAACACGGCUUCCGUAAAGACAGAUCAACUGUCACUGCCGUCUCUGAGCUCGUACAUCGCAUUCGACAAGCCUUUGAGGAUACCAACACUGUUGCCUUGACAUUAUGUGACUUGAGCAAGGCAUUUGAUUGCGUCUCACAUGACAUUCUGCUUGCCAAAUUAAAUAAAUAUGGGGUGCGUGGUGCAGUUAACGACACCUUUGUGACAUAUUUGGAGAACCGACAGCAGGUCGUCUCGAUAGCUGGAGCUAAGUCCCGAGCUCUCAAUGUUCCUCACGGGGUGCCUCAGGGAUCGGUUGUGGGCCCUGUCCUCUUUCUGAUAGCCAUAAACGAUCUUGAGCUAAGUGGCAAUGCACUCAGGUUUGCUGAUGACACUACCCUAAUUUCUGUUGGUAACAAUCCAGGAACUGCCUCAGAAAGAGCUGAAGUGAUGUUUAGGGCAGCAAAGGACUGGUUUGAGACAAACAAAUUAAAACUAAACCAAGACAAGACACAAAAAAUCCUGUGCUCACUUAAUUCAAACUUGGCUCAGGACGUUGUCAAGGUAAAUCUGCUAGGCUUUACGAUUGACCCAAAGCUGAGUUGGAAAGACCAUGUGGAUAACGUGGCUAAGAGGUUGUCGAGAGUAACACAUCUUCUCAGGAAGUUAACGAGACUAGUUGAUAAAGCUUACCUAGUUGUGGUCUACCACGCUUUAUUCCACAGCCACGUUACUUACGGUCUCCAGCUAUGGGGUCAUGCAGCUAAUGUCUCCAGAAUCCUAAAGCAGCAGAAGAAAGCUCUGAGAAUUAUGACUGGCAGCGGGCGACAGGAGCACUGCAAGCCUAUAUUCGCUGACUUGGGCAUACUCACCAUUCAUAGUAACUACAUCCUUCAAUGUGUCAGCUACGUACACUCCAAUGUAAAUACCUUUACCUCCAGACAACAGGUGCAUGCGCAUAACACCAGACGCAAAAAUCACAUUGACGUACCCUAUUGUAGGCUCAGCAGGACAAAAGACGCUUUCCCUGUCAUGGCCCUCAGACUGACCAAUAAGUUGCCGGUUGCAGUAAGGGAUUUAAACCACAAUCAGUUUCAAGCAAGGUUAAAGUGUUGGCUAAAAGCUAGGCCGUAUUACUCACUCAAGGAAUUCUUUGAGGACGACCUUACAGGACUCUAA